AUGGAUACCAAUGCGCAACGACGCAACGGCUUUGCCGUCGGAACAGAAAGGAUAUCUUAUAGCGUGCCCAAAUCGUUCUUCCCGUUGCAAGACGCGACUACGUCUUCGACAACGACAGACAGCUCAAAAACUGCGACACAAACAUGGUCGAAUUACUUAGCCGGCCAACGAGCCCAAACACAAUACCGUGCGUGGUCGCGUGUCGAGAUCCCAUCACACUCGGCUUGCAACUUCGCCCGCACGGUCAUGAAGCGCAUUGGUCUUCCGAUACCCUGGGACGCGUCGGCUCAAACGAUUCCUCCACCUGUUGCACCGAUUCACAUAGAUUUCUCCUUGCUUGCUGACGAUGGCAUGCCCAAGCGCCGCGUUGUACGCCGCCUGGACUCAUACGAAGCGUCUAGCGAGGAGUGGCAGGUGGGGGGAAAGCCAUUUUCGAGUUUGGCGAUGCUUGGUCUACAAUUACAGGCCAAGGCUGAAGUCGCCGAUUGCCUAAGGACAUAUCCGACGUCCACUACCCAGGCCGAAGCGCGACAGCGCCGGGAUGGUCAUUACGUUCAGGUCAUCCCUCAGAAGCGACGAACGGGGAUGGAGCAUAGUGCUGGAAACAGACUGGGCACAUACAUCAAGGCAAUGGAGCUGCCAAAGAGCACACCCCAUUUCCGAAUGCCUCGCCGACGAUUCAGUCCCCUGCCUCGUCCGCAGGCCACCAGCCCAACGCUUUCUCCCAUUGCUCUUUUCACACCGAAUAAAGAGCCCGUCACCCCAGCCGCUGUCAUGCAACCGCCUCGGGAUAUGUCGGACGCGAAGUCGCCGACAAAGAGAAGCCCACGACACACGAGUCCGCCAAUCAAGAACGACGGACCGCGCAUCAGCGAGCCUGCAGUCAAGCUGCUACCUGCGACGACGCCCAAGAUUGAGCCGUCGCCCACCAAGUCUGUGUCUCCACCUCCUGCGACACCUUUGGGCGAAAAGCGGAGGCUGCGCAGCAUUUUGGGGACUCCGUCGACCUUUCCUAAGGCUGCGCCCUUUGGAAACGCGUUUGCUGGCAUGCGACGGCAUUCCGCCAUGCGACCCAGCGGCGCAGUGCCAUUCUCCUUGUCGCCGAUCAAGCUGCUGGCUACACCUUGCCCGAGCCAUCGUAUUGUGAAGCGUCAGAACUGGCUGUCGCCAACGAAGCGCACGUUUCCUGUUGCCGAAAAGCCUUCUCGAUCUGUUGCUGAGGAACCAAAGACCCCUCGCAUAUUUAGCAACAUUUCGUACAUGACCGCCGAUGUCCCGAGCCCCGUUGCUUUCGUGUCGACGCUGUUUCCGGAUAGUCCUGUGAAGCGGUCCAUCGACUUGCAAUCCGCUACGCCACAGAAGCCGGCCGACUUUGAGUUCGGAACGGCAUCGCCGGCGUUCAAUGCGGUCACUUGGCUAAACAACGUCGACACGACUCCGCGACCGGUGGCAAGCUUGAAGAAGAGCUCUAGACGGCUAAGUGAGCCGCUAAUCCGUGGCUGCUUGAAAGGGCAGAAUCGCAGGCAGACGAUGUCGCCGCAGAAACUUGGGUAUCAGGCUGAGGAUACGUUUGCUGGAUUGCAGGGUCGGUCAUUGGGUGACCGAUCGUCAAGUCGCAGACAAACAAUUUCUCCGAAGAAACUGAUAUUCAACGGAUCAGAUGGCCUGUUCUCCCCCGCCAAGAAGGCUGGUCAGCCUUUGACGGCUUCUGUGGAACUGAAGUCGUCUCCUUCACCAGGGCUGCACAGGGUGCAAAAGCGCCGCGUAAGCUUCGGUAGCAAAGGCCGAGCUGCCUCGCGACAGGCGAAAGAGGUUGUUAAGAUUGAUAUGCGGCAGAACUCCGAUAUUUUCGGUAGUAAGCCUGUCUUGUUGAACUCCUCUCCUGGCUUGAGUGCGGCACUUCCCAGCAUUACCGAAAGCGGACAUGAGGUGGAAAGCUAUGAUGAGCCCGCUAAGCCUCGCCUGUUCUCCCCCUCCACCGAGGCGCAGUCUCGUAAAGUUGCCGAGCAGACUGCCUGUCUGCAAACACCGACAAAGCUCAGUCAGGUAGCAGUUCAGGACGCCUCGCCCGUUCCCAUCGUGGGCAGCCCAAAAGCUGCUCUAGGCAUCAUUGAAAGCCUAUCGGUCAUCGACUCUCUUCAAGCCUCUAUUGAAGAGCGCAAAGAAGUCCCCGGUGCUGAGCCUCGUGCUAUUUCGCAAAGCCCGAGCCCGGUGACUUCUACUUCUGUUUCAUUCUUCCCGAGGAAACAGAAGCUUAGCCCUAGCCCGACGCUGAAUCUGACAUUCACUCCGGUUAACAGCCGAAGUCCGAGUGCACUCGAAGCAAAUGUGCUAGCAGAGGAGUCGAUCCCGGAGAGCCCCCUGACGAACACAACGGAGAUUGUGGAAACUGUCACGGCCAACUCCCACGAUUACGACAGCCCUGGACGCGACUACAUGAGGGAGUUUAUAAGACGCUCGCGUCCAAAGCGUUCUUCCACGACCGAGACUGGCUCUCCAGUUGGCAUUACGGUCAAGCGCCAGCCGUUGGGUGCUAAGAGCCCCAACACUGAAAGCCCAAGCAAGAACAAGCGGAAGCUCGAGAAAGAGCAUGACGAGCAUGAGUCACCGCUUAAGAGAGCAUCCGACGCAUCACCAAGGAAAGUGCGACGCUAUGGCGGCAACAUUUCCAGGAAGCGUACGGCAACGAAAGCGGACGGAGAUCAGGACGAGCAGAUUGAGACCCUAGAAGUCACAACUGCGACUGACGCCGCAAAGAACGUCGAGGAGCAGCAUGUCAACACUGAGUCGGACAGCAAAUCUAGACGCUCCUCUCGACUGCGAAAUCAGACGCGUCUGCCAUCUGCCAAGUCGGCUAUCCCGACUCCCAUCAAGCUUGGGCGGAGCAGCGGUUCGAUGCUGAACUCUGCUGUUCGCAGCGAGCAGCAGGACCUGAAGACCCAGACUCGCAGAAAUACGCUCAGAAACAAGGGAAGAUCUGAACAGCCUGCCCAAUUCCUGGCUAGACAACAGGCAGAGGGGCAAGCAGAGCCAGAACCCUUGGAGCGCGAUUCCGAGUCGGAUAAGGAACGACGCAAAUGCGUCAACUGGAACAAUCCCUUGGCCAUGUACCAAGAGGAAGUCCGGAGGAAGGAGACAGUCACGCCCAAGAAGGGCAAGUCUGCAAAGCCAAAGACCGUGCAGAUGAGCGGCAUCGCGAAGCCCAGCACACGAGCUAAGACGACGGCGGACAAGGAGCGUACUGCGCGCCUGGCCGAGCACUUUGGCAUGGUGUCUAACGGGACUCCCGCGAAGCCACAACGGUCGACACGAUCACGCAUGAGAAUGUGA